UUCAAACUCAAAUUUUUCGGCGUAAUUCCAAACUGAAUUCACCAUACUUUGACAAUAUGGAAGAUGAAGCUGAUACAUACGAAGGAGCGAGAGCUCAUUUCCCUUUGUGUUUCGGACUGGAUAAACUCUUUCAGAAAUUCAAACCCUAGAAAUUCAAAUAGGGGUGGCGAUGUGGCUGCAUUGAUUGGACCUCCAAGGCCUCCUGCGGUUUUGGAUGAGGAAGAUGAGGACGAGGACUCUCGAAUUGGGCAACCUAGGCCACCUCCUGGUGCAGCUGGGGAUGAUGAUGAUGGACUGACGAUUGGGCCACCUAGGCCGCCUCCAGGCUCUACAGAUUCUGAUGAAGAUAAAGAUGAAGAUGCUGAUGAAGAAGAUGAAGAUCCUGGUUAUCGAGUUCCAAUGAGCAAUGAAAUUGUCUUGAAGGGGCAUACAAAGGGAGAGCAAGGUUUGGUUUUCCUCAGAUUUAAGAAAGAGAUUAAUGGCAUAUACUACAUGCAUAUAAGGUGCCUCAGCUCAGGAAAAUCUAUGACCGCGAUGGACUUACAUUGGGUGAGUUUGUCAAGGAAGACAGACAUGUAUAUCCGUGAUCUUAAGAAUACCAAAGGCCACAUAUCUGGGUUGACAUGUGGAGAAUGGCACCCUAAGGACAAGCAGACUAUCCUAACAUCAUCUGAGGAUGGUUCACUGCGAAUAUGGGAUGUAAAUGACUUCAAAAGUCAAAAGCAGAUGUUGGUGAGCCUCAAAGACAUCUCGAGGCAAACGAGGCUUCAACCGGACCUUCAACCCGUUGAGCAUGUAGAAAUACUCAUUGGUAUAACCAUUCUUGUAUACCUUCCUAUCAAAUUCCCACGGCCUCCCCAACAAGACAUGGCAAGCCGUCAUAUGAAUGAUGUCUGA